AUGGUGGACGUUGAUCCGCGGGACAUCAAGCGCCCGCGUUACGAGAACUACUAUCCUCCUGCGCAACAUCAACCACCCAAUAUCGGUGGCCCUCAACCGCAUUCAUCUUCCACUCCAGGACCUCCUCCACCACCUGGCGGAUAUCCAUACGGUCAUCCGCCACCAUCGUUUGCCUCACGUCCGCCGCCCCCUCCUCAUGUGCCCGCUCCGCGUGAACCCAGCCGCGAACCUCCGAUCGCCAGUGAACCAACUGUGACUGCCUCCGGUCCCGAUGUUAGGCUCCAUGGCGCGCCAGUGAACAAUCCGGGGAGGAACUUUCCGAUCGAGACCCGAGUUCCUCCAAACACCGCCCAAGGCCCACCGGAGAUGCAGCGGCCGCCGUCGGGUCAAGGUCCGCCUCGCGAGCUACCCCCUCCAAACCUUGGGCAAGGCUUUCCGACUCCAGGACCGCCGAUUCCAGCGCCGGGACCGCCAAAUAUGCCACCAAUGGAGCAACCAGGUCCCCAUGUUCCGUUCCAACCCCCCCCCGCCUACCCUCCUGAGCAAAUGCCGAACGGAGUUGGACCCAAUGGCUUCCAUGUGGCCCACCAUGCGGAAGGAUUCCAUCCCCAUCCCCCUCAUUUCCCGCAAACGCAAGGACCGGUGAUGUUCGCGCAAUAUGCAGCCCCUACGGCAGGAGAGUCGGCGUCGGCGUCCAAGAAACGCCAGACUCGAGCGCAAGUGGCUUGCACCAACUGUCGGGCAAAGAAACAGCGGUGCGAUGAAGUGAAGCCGUUUUGUUCGUACUGCAAGCAAAACGACUUGACGUGUCAUUACACCGACGUUGCGGCGCCAAAAGCGGAUAAGCAGCUGAAUGACCUGCAGGGCUAUCUAAAAGACGGUUUCGAUAUGAUGCAGCAAACGCUGCAGCAUUUCAAUCGAAGAUUUGAGCGCAUUGAUGAGAAGCUCAAUCUACCGCCGAUGGAUCUGGAGAUGCAAUCCCCUCGCAAGGCUGACCCAGAUCCGGAUUCUGAUACUAUGGAAGACGUGGAUGAGCCAAAACCCCUCCUUGGGAAACGCCCACCCGCUCUCCAUCGGCAUUCGAUUGCGGAGGGAAUGGCGGACCCAUCGCAGGCUCGUCCCGAGUUUGCUCGACCGGCUGAAUUACACGGCACUCCCGGCGUGGCCAAGCAAUCAGUGGAUCCUGAUACGGAUCCAUUGGCAGAAAAGCGUGCCGUUGAAGAAACCCCGGCGGAGGGUUCAGACGAACACAGGACGGGCGUCCAUCAUCUGGUGAAGGAGUGGAAAGCUAUUCGAGACCUGUUCCGCGCGUGCGGUAUAGACAGUAAGAAUUAUGCAUCGGACUCUGAGGUUCGACAGGGAGCGAUCCGGUUGUAUGGUAUCGGUCAGGGUCGCGAGACGGACCUGAAUGUCAUUCAGUCGCCCUCUAGUACGCAUCCGAUGGAAGAUGUCAGUCCGGCGCCGUCCGGGCCCGAUCGAGACGGGCUGUGGGGCGGGUUAUUCCAGAUGAAGCCGAAUCUCGAUUUCCGAUCCGGAAGCUCGAUGCAAAGUGAGCAUAUCGGCGGGCUCAAUCCGGAUGGAUCGCUGAAUCUGGAUGCGGCGGUCGUUCGACGGCUAAAACUAUCAUAUCUCAACACGAUGCAUACCCUCCAUCCUUUCCUCCCGGCCGACGAGCUCAACAUAAUUGUGGAAUCCUUCAUCGCACACUACAGCCCUCAAAAUUCCCCCAGGUUCGUCCAUGCGGGCCUAUCAGGAGGGACAUUCGAGGCUGCGGGAAUGAAGCGGAAGCACUCGUCAGGUGGGUAUACCAGCCGGCAAACGCCCGACCGUACGAUCAAGAACGCCGUCGUAUUGCUCGUCAUGGCCCUCGGGAAGAUGCUUGAGUAUACGGAAUGGCUUCCUCCUAUCCCGCUUGGACCCGACGAGCACCCUCAUCCGCAAUCACCUUGGAACCACACCAGCGUCGAGUCACCGCCCGGAUUCGUCCGUCCGUCGCCUCCGUCGUCGGGGAGUGGGUAUCCCUCGCCGAUGAUGGACCACCACACACCAGGAAGCCGACGACCCUCGAGUGGCGGCUUGCCGCCCGAUCGGCGGGAUGCAGGUCAUGUUCCGUAUUCGGAGACGCCGAGGAGAAACGUGGACAUCAUCCCAGGACUGGCGUAUUUUUCCCACGCGAGCGGGAUUCUUGGGGACCACAUUUCGGCGAUCGGACUGGCGACCAUUCGAGAUGUCCAUGCGUAUCUGCUCGGUGGCCUGUACAUGGGACAGCUGUGCCGACCGCUUCAGAGCCAUAACAUGAUUCUGAUGGCGUCUCGGCUGUGUCUGAACAUCGUUCGAUUGGAUAUCGACUGCCUUCGAAACGAAGCUACCGAGGCGUACAAACCACCGAAGCCUACCACUCCAUGGAAGGCUCGAGAUCUCGAGAACAUCAAAUUCGUGUACUGGACAUGUCUCCAGCUAGAGGGGUACGAUACAGAUUGCGCGGUCACGAUUUUCGCGCCGACUAACGCUGCUUGUAGCGACAUUCGAGCCGAGUUUGAUGAGUUCGAGGCCAGCGGUAUCACCAAAUAUAGCAGCGAUAUCGGCUUUCCACACAAAGUGACGCCACCGGCGCAUUUGAGAGAGGAGAUUCCGGUGUACGACGAUAACUCCAGCCCAGAGAAUCGAAUGAUUAGGUACUACAGCAUGCAGAACUACCUCCGAGUGCAGCUGAAUCGGGUCCAUUCGAACCUCUACACCAUCGAUCGGAAAUCGAUGAUCUAUAACUCGGUGAAACUCCAAAAAGUCAUCUACAACGGCGUGAUCCUAUGGCGGGAUUCUCUCCAGCGCCUCGCACCAUUCAUGGCUUGGUCCGACGUCCACCACCUAUCGACUGUGCUCAACGACGCCCGGAUUCGCGGCAAGUUCUACGGCAGCGGCUACGUUAUAUCUCGGCCAUAUCUCCAUCAAGCGAUCCAUAGCUUCUCGAAAGAGCAGAUCGACCAACUGGAACCCGGGGUGUUGUCGUCUCAAUGCGAGAUGCUCCCCGAUCUCCCGCCGUUUGGCUCGGAGAUCACGAAAGAGCAGACGCUCAUUCCGAAGCCGGAGGAAGUGGUGAUGGCGGCCAAAUGCUGUUUAUGGUUUGCGCAGAAGAGUACGACGGUGUUUGAUGGGUUGAAAGGCCGGUGGUUGAUCACCAACGUACACGGAACCAUCACUGCGCAAUUCGGCAACGUGCUCGUCCUCUACGCCGCCCACCAAUCGUUCCUCCGCAAGUGCAUCCCCACUCACGAACUAAUCCGACUCAUGGACCGCACCAUCGACAUUUUGGACCAUCUCUCCAACCUCUCCAACAUCAUGCGAAUCAACGCAAUGAUCUUAAAGAAGGCCCGCGCCAUCAUCUCGGGUUCCGAACCGACGCCGGAUUACCCGGAUACCCCGGUAGAUCAUUUCACCAACCCGAACCCGAGGGCGGCGAGCUUGCCGCACUCGGCGAAUACGUCCUUCGGCCGUGGGUCGUAA